AGAGAAGACAACUCGAGGGGGGAAUAUACCAGAUCAUCAAUGCCAGGCCGACACAGAAGCUGUUACAUGCCUUUCGCUAAAGUAGAAGGACGGUAGAGUGUCACCAUCUCUUCUGAGGGCUUCUUCAUUUCCCGGCCCUGGGACCAACGAGUUCGCGUAACAGGCCGUCUCCCGCCAUCCUAGAGUGGCCCCACCCAAAGCUACUUCCGGUCGUCUGGGCCCGGAGGGACCCACCCCCACCCAGCACCGCAGGCUGAAUCACCAGCGUCCCGACCCGAGGAUAUGGGGGUGAGCCCAAGACUCCGACCCCGGCCCUGCUCUGGGAUCCCUGCGCAGGUGCCGGUGAAGGCCGGGCGGGAAGGAGCUGGAAGAAGGCCGAGGGCCACGGGCUUCGUGAAGGUGGCCCUGUAUUUCUUCCCCGAGGAGUGGGGAUGUCUGCGGUGGCAUACCUUAACCUGGCCGUGCUCGGCUUCCGAGGCACCAAGCCAGCCCUCAUCUCCUGGGUGGAGGAAGAGGCCGAACUGUGGGGUCCAGAUGCCCGGGAUCCUGAGACGGGAGAGUGUCUUAGAGAAGCAGACACAGCAGGUUCCAGAGACAAGGAAGAGAAAGGACAAAGAGAAGGGACCGAGGCACUGGGGAAGAUCCUUUCCGUGGACGCUCAGCCUCCCGGACUGACGGCUCUCAAACCCUUUUCUGCUGGGUUUUCUUAUGGCUGGGAGCAGCCAUCGAAGGUGCCUCGCCGGGGUCGCCCACCACUCUGUGCCCAUCCCCCGGUCCCCAGGGCAGACCAGAGGCACGGUUGCUACAUGUGCGGGAAGAGUUUCGCUUGGCGCUCCACCCUGGUGGAGCAUCUGUACACCCACACGGGUGAGAAGCCCUUCAGUUGCCCUGACUGUGGCAAGGGCUUCAGCCAGGCCUCCUCUCUGAGCAAGCACCGGGCCAUCCACCGAGGGGAGCGGCCCCACCGCUGCCCGGACUGUGGCCGGGCCUUCACCCAGCGCUCCGCCCUCACCACCCACCUCCGGGUCCACACGGGCGAGAAGCCCUACAGCUGUGCUGACUGCGGCCGCUGCUUCAGCCAGAGCUCCGCCCUCUACCAGCACCAGCGGGUCCACAGCGGCGAGACCCCCUUCCCGUGCCCAGACUGUGGCCGUGCCUUCGCCCACGCCUCAGACCUCCGGCGCCACGUGCGCACUCACACGGGCGAGAAGCCCUAUCCAUGCCCAGAUUGCGGGCGCUGCUUCCGGCAGAGCUCCGAGAUGGCAGCCCACCGGCGCACCCACAGCGGCGAGCGCCCCUACGCCUGUCCGCAAUGCGGCAGGUGCUUCGGCCAGAAGUCAGCCAUGGCCAAGCACCAGUGGGUCCAUCGGCCCGGGGCAGGGCGGCACAGGGGCCGGGGUGCCAGUGGGUUGCCUGUGCCCCUGGCCUCUGGCCGAGGGGACCUGGACCCACCCGUGGGCUUCCAGCACUACCCAGAGAUAUUCCAGGAGUGUGGGUGAUGGCCUCAACGGUGACAAGGCAAAGGGUGAAGAUCUAGACAUUGUCUGAGGCCCAGGGUGGCCUCAGGGGCCUGAAACUCUGGCAGCUCUGGGGAAGCCACAGAAUUCCCAGCCAGAGCUGGACCUGGGGGAGGAAGACUGUUUCAUCUUAGGCCCUCAUGAGCUUCAUCUGCUGAUAACUUGUUCCCUACUGUCCCAGACUCUAGAAGACCCCUUUGCUGAGUUAGGGCUGAGGUUAGAACCCCCACUAGACUUUCACUGUGGGGAAGAAAAGGCUGUUUCUAAGAGGAUUGAGGUGGAGAACUUUGUUUUACCCACUGACUUUACUGCAGAAGUUAAAAACUGAUGGCCGGGUACUGAAUGUGGUCUGUAGCAGCCUUUAAAUUUUUUUUUUUUUUUAGCCCAGCCAGCAUUUUUAAAUGUUACGAAUUAUUGGUUAAGAUUUAAAAAUCAGGAUAUUUCACACAAAAAACCAGGUUUCCGGUCUCUCUUGAAAAAUCCGAAGAUUUGGCCACUCCACCUGAGCUCCCACAAAGCCACAGUUGGUGGGAGCUGAGGGGCAGUUGCCCCAUCGGAUGGAGACCAGGCUCUCCAGUUCAGCAUGCCCGCCACUCCUUAUCACCUCCUGACCAGUGUCAGCUGGCACUCAUCAUGGCUCGCCAACAUCUCUGGCAAAGCAGGCCCUCUCCAUCUGGCAUUUUUCUACUCAUUUACAUGACCUGUUGGGAUUCUGUAGUCAUUUGAGUUUGCAAACUAGUCUACAGCAUUCAAUUGUUCUUGAACAGGGAUUCAGGUAGAGAGCAUAUUUGUAUAACGGUGGCAGGAGAGAAGUAAAAGGAGGCUUUACGUUAGAUCUUGGCUCGUAUUGCAUUUUAUGGUUUACAAAAUACUGUCUUGUCCAUCAACUCAUUUCACCCUCAUAAUUGCAUAUGGAAGGAAGCAUCUUGCUUGGAGAGGACAGCCCAUCAGGAAGAGGCAGUCAGGACUGAAUUUUUUGCCCCAAAUGGAGUGGUGUCUCCACCUCAGCACCACUCAGCUGACCUGCACUUCCUGUUUUUGAAGGGCAGGGGCC